CAACAGGCAGCGGAUUGAGGACGACCUGGGCUCAGUCAUCUUCUCCUUCAGACACUUUGGUUCUUGUUGCCGACGUUAAACUCGGAUUACACCUUUUUAUUUAAUCUAUAAAUCUAAUUUUAUUUAUUUCUGAGAGGCUGAGGGACCGGAGCGGCUCGGUUUAUUCUCAUGUAAGAACCGGGAAGUCUCGACUGUUGAGAAGCUGCUUUUUGAUUUUAAUUUUUUGAGGGGGAUAUAAAUCAGUUCCCUCCUUUGAGUUCCUGCUCGUUGAGGCCGACAUGCCGCAGACACCACCGUUCAAGGGGCAGCUGAACUCCGGUGGCUACAACAACAACUCGUACCAGAGCCACGAGGAGGCCUACCAUGACCUUUAUUAUCAGGACAGCAACCUGGUGUCCGGCUCCCUGGAGGCCCUCAUCCAACACCUGGUUCCAACGGUGGACUAUUAUCCAGACAGGACGUACAUCUUCACCUUCCUGCUCAGUUCUCGCCUCUUCAUCCACCCGUACGAACUCAUGUCCAAAGUGUGCCAGCUGUGUGUGGAGCAGCAGAGACUCAAAGAUCCUCAGUCUGACAAGCUGAGACUCAAAAAGAUCACUCCGAAGGUUCUCCAGCUGCUGACGGAGUGGACAGAAACCUUUCCGUAUGACUUCAGGGAUGAGAGGAUGAUGCGCAGCCUGAAGGAGCUGACCCACCGGCUUGCCAGUGGAGAUGAGGUGUACAAGAAGGCAGUGGGUCAGAUGAGCCAGGGUCUGAUCAGGAGGUUGACGGUUCUUAGCCAGUACGAGGAGGCACUGGUGAGGAUCAACACCACGGCGACCGAGCGGCUAACGGCUCUGAAGGCGAAACCUCAGGCGGCAACACAACGAGACCUGCUGUCCAUCUGCAACGACCCCUUCACUGUCGCCCAACAGCUCACGCACAUAGAGCUGGAGAGACUGAGUUACAUCGGACCUGAAGAGUUUGUUCAAGCCUUUGCCCAUAAAGACCCUCUGGACAACGAUAAGAGCUGCUUCAGUGAUCACAAGAAGGCCAGCAACCUGGAGGCGUACGUUGACUGGUUCAACAGACUCAGUUAUCUGGUGGCUACAGAGAUCUGCAUGCCCACGAAGAAGAAGCACCGAGCUCGAGUCAUGGAGUUCUUCAUCGAUGUGGCACGGGAAUGCUUCAACAUCGGCAACUUUAACUCCCUCAUGGCCAUCAUAUCUGGGAUGAACAUGAGCCCCGUGUCCCGGCUGAAGAAAACCUGGAGUAAAGUCAAAACAGCCAAGUUUGACAUCUUAGAGCACCAGAUGGAUCCUUCCAGCAAUUUCUACAACUACCGGACUGCCCUGAGAGGAGCCACGCAGAGAUCCAUCACAGCCAACAGCAGCCGAGAGAAGAUCGUCAUCCCUUUCUUCAGCCUGCUCAUUAAAGACAUCUAUUUUCUCAACGAGGGAUGUGCCAGCAGGCUGCCGAACGGACACAUCAACUUCGAGAAAUUCUGGGAACUUGCCAAACAAGUGAGUGAGUUCAUGACCUGGAAGCAGGUGGAGUGUCCGUUCGAGAAAGACCGCAGGAUCCUGCAGUACCUGCUGACUGCUCCGGCUUUUACCGAAGACGCUCUGUAUCUGGCUUCAUACGAGAGCGAAGGUCCUGAGAACAACAUGGAGAAGGACAGAUGGAAGUCUCUGAGAUCUUCUCUGCUGAGCAGAGUCUGAACCAGAGAAGAGGAUGUGUCCUGUCCUGCAAAGUGUCCCCGUGUUGGAAGGGAAAUGACAAUCUUAACAUUGACUGGCGAAGACCCCCCAGACCCCCACCAAGCUGUGCCCCCCUUGCUCUUUGUGCUGUUUAUUUUAAACAGCAGUUUUUCAUCUCUUUGUACGACUUUAUAGUCCUUUUGUUAAAGAAACACGACAAACCGUUCCAAGGUUUGUCGUUUGAGGAGUUUCGCCCCG